AUGUCCAUACUCAUAAAAUACAAAAUAGAAUACAAAAUAGAAUACAAAAUAGAAUACAAAAUAGAAUACAAAAUAGAAUACAAAAUAGAAUACAAAAUAGAAUACAAAAUAGAAUACAAAAUAGAAUACAAAAUAGAAUACAAAAUAGAAUACAAAAUAGAAUACAAAAUAGAAUACAAAAUAGAAUACAAAAUAGAAUACAAAAUAGAAUACAAAAUAGAAUACAAAAUAGAAUACAAAAUAGAAUACAAAAUAGAAUACAAAAUAGAAUACAAAAUAGAAUACAAAAUAGAAUACAAAAUAGAAUACAAAAUAGAAUACAAAAUAGAAUACAAAAUAGAAUACAAAAUAGAAUACAAAAUAGAAUACAAAAUAGAAUACAAAAUAGAAUACAAAAUAGAAUACAAAAUAGAAUACAAAAUAGAAUACAAAAUAGAAUACAAAAUAGAAUACAAAAUAGAAUACAAAAUAGAAUACAAAAUAGAAUACAAAAUAGAAUACAAAAUAGAAUACAAAAUAGAAUACAAAAUAGAAUACAAAAUAGAAUACAAAAUAGAAUACAAAAUAGAAUACAAAAUAAAAUACAAAAUAGAAUACAAAAUAGAAUACAAAAUAGAAUACAAAAUAGAAUACAAAAUAGAAUACAAAAUAGAAUACAAAAUAGAAUACAAAAUAGAAUACAAAAUAGAAUACAAAAUAGAAUACAAAAUGCAGUACUUGGAAUAUAAAAUGGAAUACAAAAUGAAACCGAAAAUUGAAUACAAAAUAUAA